AUGAAAUAGUAUACUCUCCCAUAUUAAAUAGUUCAACAUUACUCUCCAUUUAGAUCAAAUGCAUAGAAAUCAAUAAUAUAGGAUGGUGAAAAUACAUUUGUAAUCGAUCCAUAAUAUGAAUACUUGAGUAUAAGUAAGUAAUGAUAUUCUAUUGAAUUAAGUUGGAUAAGGUUCAUAUGGGGUAGUUUUUGCUGCAAAAGACACUAAGAAAGAUUAAGGAAGAGAAUUAGUUGCCAUAAAAAAGAUAGUUAAGGCUUUUGAAUAAAGAUUAUUUGCUAAAAGAACACUGAGAGAAUUACGACUUUAAAGAUUGCUUAGUCAUGAAAAUGUAUCAUUAUAAUAUAUAUCUAUAAGGUUAUAUCUAUAGAGAAUAUAAUGCUUCCAAAGUCGAGAGAAGAAUUUGACGAUAUGUAUAGAAAACCUGGUAGAUUUUAGAUACAUUGUAUAAGAAUUAAUGGAAACAGAUUUAUCUACAAUCAUUCGAUAAUAGACACAAUUAGAUUAGGAAUAAAUAUGCUUUCUCUUAUAUCAGUUAUUAAGGGGUUUGAAAUAUAUUCAUUCAGCUAAUGUGGUUCAUCGUGAUUUAAAACCAAAAAAUUUGUUAAUAAAUAGAGACUGUGAUUUAAAGAUAUGUGAUUUUGGAUUAGCAAGAGCUCUAGAUCCAUAGAUUAAGGUAUUGAAAAUAAGAUUAAAUUUCUAGUUAAAACCAAAGGUUUAUAGUCCUUAUGUAUAAACAAGAUGGUAUAGAGCACCUGAAUUACUUUUAUAAUGGAGAGAUUAUAAUUAAAGCAUAGAUAUGUGGUCUGUAGGUUGUAUAUUUGCUGAGAUGUUAAGAAAGAAAAUCUUUCUAUAAGGAGCUUCAUCAAAAAAUUAAUUAGAGUUAAUGUUUGAAGUACUUGGAUCACCAAAUGAAUAAGUCUUAUAAAUGGCCCCAAAAUCUCCUCUAUCUAUUAGUAUCAAUUAGAUGCAAAAAAAGAGAGGAAAAGAUUUUGAGAAGUUAUUUCCUAAUGGUACUAAGGAAGCUAUUGAUUUAUUAAGAUAACUAUUUGAAUAUGAUCCAUCUAAAAGAAUUACUGCAGAAUAAGCAUUAAGACAUCCUUAUUUAUCUAAAUAUCAUAUUCCUGAAGAUGAAGUAUUUAAUUAUUAAACUUAGCCGAUAGCUGUCCCUGUUAGAUAUUUAGAUUUUGAAUUUGAAGAGUAUAAUCUGAAUAUUGAAUAAUGGAAAGGUAAAUGUUACUAUUUAUAUUAUAGACUGUAUAUAUGAAGAAAUAUUACUUUAUCAUUAUCCUGAGUUCUAAAAGGAUUAUGAAUCUAAUAUAAAAAAAGGUUAUUCAAUUAUGAAACAUAUUGUUAAUAAUGAUAAUGCCAAAUAAUUAGACCAAAUCCUAGAUGAAGAUGAAGAUGAGGAGGAUGAAGAUGAUGAUGAACAAUAAAACUAAUAAUUUAAAUGA